UGUCUACAAACGGGCGCCAUUUUCAAAGUCGAUCAAAAAAGACAGUCGUUUUCUUGAUUUUUCACCUCUCCUUGAUGUUUACUUGUAAACGGUGGACAUUCUUGAAAGCGGUACUUGGUCAGAUCUACUUCUUAAGAGGAAGAAACGCCAGACAUUUUUGUUAUACAUCGUAAUCCACUCCUAUUGCGAGGAAAGAAAGAAAGCUAGGCGGAGGCUUUGGCACCUUGAAGCAGAUUCAAGAUGGCUGCCGCUGAGGAGUUGUUUUGUAAGCCUGUCUUCGUCUGCAUGAAGAGCGCCGAUCGGGAAGACAGGAGAGCUCACAUCAGAGUCACAGUGGAGCUCAGCACGGUUACAAACCCUGUUCACAAAAAGGAGUUGGUGGUGAGACUGACAGACGACAGUGACCUGUUCUUCCUCUUUAAUCUGGCUCUAGGGGAGGAAGACUUCCAAAUGUUGAAGUCCCAACAGGGACUUUUAGUAGAUUUUGGAGCCUUCCCACAGAAGUUCAUUGACCUGUUAGAGCUCUGUCUUCAGGAAGAACAGAAGGAAAAUCCCAAGUUUCUUCUGCAGUUUGUAUCUGGCAACAGUACAGACAGGGGCUGUGCACACCUGAAUAUCGUGGAGACAAACCCCUUCAAACACCUGACUCACCUGUCCCUGAGAUUUGCACCUGGCAACGACACAGAUGUCAAGAAAUACCUGGCUGUGUGUCUAAAAAACCUCAAGGAAGAGAGGUCCUCACUGCAACACAAACUGGAGUCUACAGAGGCAGAACUAUCCCAGAGACUACGGAACACCCAAGAUGCUCUGUCAGCAAAGUCUGUAGAACUAGACAAGUUAAAGUCGGAGCUUCAGACCACCACAAGUAGUCUCACCAACAAACAUGUACAGGAAGUCACCUCAGAAAGGGAAAAGGCACUUAAGGUUCAGACAGACCUCCAGCAGCAGAUAGAACACACCAGAAGGGAACUAGAACAGACACACAGACAGGCCAGCAGGCAGUUGGAGACCAGGGUCGGUGAACUGGAGAAGGUCAACAAGGACCUGACAGAUCGCAGGUACAGGGCAGAGUCUACUAUCAGGGACCUGAAGGCAAAACUGGCAGGACUAGAGGAGGAGAGUCACCGAGCCAAGCAGGAUGUGCAGAGUCUGAGACGAGAGAACGCGUCCCUGGACUCUGAGUGUCACGACAAGGACAAGAGACUGUCACAGCUGAAGACUCGUGUGGCCGUGCUGGAACAGGAGGUCAAGGACAAGGGGGAGGUGGGCGAGCGCACCAACCAACUCAUGGAGACCGCUCACGAACAGAAGAGAAGGUUAGAAGAGAGUCUGGAGCAGAAACAGGUGCAGAUUGCCAAGAUGGAGACGACUAUAAAAUCUAUGUCAGAGGAAAUACUGAAGGGUAAUGAGAUCAUCAAGCGACUACAGGGAGACCUGAAAGGCUACAUGUCUAAGAUGAAGUUAAAGAAUGCUGUGACGACCAAGCAGGAGAAAGUCCUGACUGAGAAGGAGAGGGAGUUAGACAGGGCCAGUCAGGAACUCAAGACUGUCCGAGAACAGCUCAAACAAAAGGAGGAAGAGAACCAGAAGAUGAAUGAAACACUGGAAAGUACCAUGGAGAAGCUGGAAGAAAGUAAACAGCUCCUCAAGACUAAUGAGAAUGUGAUCCAGUGGUUGAACAAGCAGGUGACAGAGUCCCAGCUCCAGGCCCAGAACAGACAUGGAACCUUUGAGAUGCCAUCAGCCAUCUCUUCAUCUGCCAACUCCUUCAAACCUCCCAUGGGACUGCAUAACUACAGCACACCUGUGUCCACUGUGUCCACCCUGUCUGCCGACAGUGCCAGUCAGCCCAUGGCCUACCGUCCCCCUCUUGUACCCAUCAACCACCAGCCACAGAUCCAGUAUAACCCCCAUGGUGCAGCCAGGAGAAGUGUAACUCCCACCGAGCGUAUGCGGAAGUCUGUGUCCCCCAACAUCCCCCCUAUCCCGGAGGAGAUCACACCCAGCCCAGGGCCCAGGUCUGCCAGUCCUGCAGCUACUCAAGGUGCUCCUGCCUUGGAUCCAAAGUACCUGCAGCGGCGUGAAGACACCAUCCCUGUCCGAGGACUGUCCAGAAGCUCCCCCCCUCCCAACCUCCAGGAACCUGCAACACUCAACACCCGUCCUAAGGAAAAUGUGCCACAGUCUUCCAGGCAUAAUGGACAGAACAUGGGGCCACAAAAAGCACAUGUCACCACGGCAGCUCAGAACAUCCGGUUGAGUAAGGCAUCGAUUGUACCACAGGCUCCGCUCAGGCCUAUGGUGCCAGCACAGCCCCCACUCAUGUCUGCAUAUUUCCCUGGGAAAGUUACAUCCUGAUGACUGAAUAUAACUGUGAAACAAAUACACAUCUGACCAGGAUUGAAACUCAAACACAACUGACUUAAUUCAUCUUAACACCGGCUGGUUCUAAAGCCCCUUCCCUCGAACAGGUAUAGAUCACCUGUUUGAACACGACGCAGGCACGUGUGCUAGCUCAAGUUUGAACAGGUGGCAGGCCCCACUCGAGGGAGGGACUAGAACCGGCAAUAAUGAACAAUAAAGAACAAUGUCAAUAGCAAGAGUAUAACACUAUAUUACGUUGUUACACCUGUGUAUUGAGUAGACUGACAUGCUAAAGAGAGAGCACCCUUUUUUUUUAUUAUUUCACAUGUAUACUUUGUCAGAGUGAAAUCAAUUUUAGGUAUCAAUAAUGAAAUGACGGUAGCUAUCAUUUCCAAGUUUUAUGCUGAAUAGUCAGCUCAUGUAUAGAAAACUUUGUGUAUUAAUUGUAUAGGAAAGUUUGUAUCGAUUGGACAGAUAUGUUCUUAUGUACCUAUAAAUUUUUAAUGAUAAUAAAGUGAUCUCUCAUUUCA